CUUGAUUUAUUUCCAUCUCUGUCUUUUGUUUGCUCAUUCAUUGCAUUUGUGUCUCGCUCUCUCAGUCAAAUACACAACCGUCAAAAGUCAUAAAAACCCAGAAUCCAACAAUCGUCAUUCGUUGCUCUUAAUCUCGCCACAAUGUAUAUAGCGCGGACACACGCCCCCCCUCUUCAUCAUCCUCGUUUCACCUUUUUUUGUUCUUUUGUGCUUUUUUUUCUUUGUUUUAAAAUGCAGACAGGGGUGAGGGGGUGGCAGAAACAGCAAUACAUAUCAAAAGAUACAAAGCAAAGGAGGAAAUCAAAAGCGGAAAAAGCCUUAACCAGCAAAGUCAGCACGGCAUAUGCGUGGGAAGGAAGAGUGAGAAAAAGUGAAGAAGGAGGGUGAAAGCGAGGGAGAGAAUGAGGGGGGUGGGUAUGGAAGAUUCCAAGUGUGUAAAACCGCCUCUAGUGUACUCAUAACGCCGC